UCUCUAAAUCUUCGAUCAAAGCUUUUGUUUUGUGUUCUCUCAACUCAUUCUUCAAUCUCGCUGUUUGGUUCCGGAGAAAAAAAUCAGAGCCGCGGGGAUUCUUCGGAGGUUCUUUUUUGCUUCUGGGUUGCUUACACUCGGCAGAGUUGCAAGUUUUUCAGCUCAGUUUCUGUUGAUUGUUGAAAAAAGUUAAUUCAAUUUAUCAGCUGCAUAGAAGUGUUUUGUUUUCUCCCAUUGGAUAUGGCCACUAAUGAAAAUCUUCCACCAAAGGUUAUAAAGCAACUUGCAAAGGAGUUGAAGAGCCUUGAUGAAUCCCCUCCCGAAGGCAUAAAAGUAGGUGUUAACGAUGACGAUUUCUCAACAAUAUUUGCUGAUAUUGAAGGCCCAGUGGGGACUCCCUAUGAGAACGGUCUCUUCCGCAUGAAGUUGAUAUUGUCUCAUGAUUUCCCAUAUUCUCCUCCCAAAGGUUACUUCCUUACUAAAAUCUUUCAUCCAAACAUUGCAACCAAUGGUGAGAUUUGUGUCAACACUUUGAAGAAGGAUUGGAAUCCAAGCCUUGGGCUGCGACAUGUCCUAACGGUUGUUAGAUGUCUACUGAUUGAACCAUUUCCAGAAUCAGCUUUGAAUGAACAAGCUGGCAAGAUGCUGCUUGAAAAUUAUGAUGAGUAUGCCAGACAUGCCAGGCUCUAUACAGGAAUCCAUGCAAAGCCAAAACCGAAGUUCAAAACCCGAGCCAUCUCCGAGUCCACAACAGCCCUCAAUGUCGACCCAUCAAAUGCAUCGGCUCUCAAUACAGAUCUCAAAAACUCAUCUACUGCUGCACACCCAUUGGCAUGCCCAACUGCUCAAUCUAAUACUGCAGUGAGAGGUGACCAGGAGCAGCAGCAGCCGAAUGUUACGGCACCAGCAGCAGCCUCGGAAUUAGGAGUCGGGGGCUCCGGGGUGGCUGCACCAGCAGCCGUGGCGAAGAAGGAAGCUGCUGGACCCUUAAAAAUGCAGGCUGACAAGAAGAAGAUAGAUGCAAGAAAGAAGAGCUUGAAGAGAUUGUGAUGAUCAAUCGAAUGAAUGAAAAUGUCAAUUAAUGCAAGCUUUUUUAAGGUUGGUGCAGGGUGCUUAGAAGAAAGAAUUGAGAACUGAGAGUUAGAAGAGUGUUGUGUGCAACUUGUAAGGAACACACUUUCAUUGACCAAAUCACUGAUGGAGUUUACUCUUGCUUCA